AUGAGCUCCUCUCUCGAGGCCAAGAUCGUCGUGCUGGGCGCCCAAGGCGUCGGCAAGACGUCGCUCGUCCAGCGCUAUGUGAAAAACGCGUUCAACCCGGCCGCGACCACCUCUACGGUCGGCGCGUCGUUCGUGACCAAGCGCGUGCUCGACAGCACCUCCGACACGAUCGUCCGGCUGCAAAUCUGGGAUACAGCCGGCCAGGAGCGCUUCCGCAGCAUCUCGCGAUUAUAUUAUCGCGGCGCGCACGCUUGUCUGCUCUGCUACGACAUCACUGACGAGCAGAGCUUCCAGGAGAUGGCGGGCUGGUUGCGCGAACUGCGCCGCAACCUGGGCGGGGGCGGCGAUGCAGAUCAUGACGCUGACCCACUGGUUAUCCAUGUCGUUGGCACCAAAUCUGAUAUCGUGGCUGUUGAUCCUGCCUCUCGACGUGUGCCCUUUGAGCGCACUAUCGCUUAUGUUGCAGAGCAACUCUAUCCCUCGCGCGCGUCGACACCGCCACCCACUGCGGGGAUGGGGAUGGCCUUUGGAUCGGGCGUGCUAGGGUCUGGCGGUAGCGGAUCUGGUAUCAGUGCCGCGAAUGUAUCCUCCGGGGCCCUGCAGAGCCCAGAUAGUAAGCGGAGCAGUGCCUUCUGGGGCCAGGAGAUCGGCUGGGACUGCUGCCAUGAGAUCAGCGCCAAGGACGGCGAAGGCAUCGACGAGGUGUUCCGAGUGAUCACCCGCAAACUGGUCGAGCAGCGUAAUCGUCGCGACGCGGACCUGGGUCUUUCGGCAGCAGGCACACCUAUCGGCGAGAGCGGCCCGGCUGGCCCCUUUACCCCUGGCAGCAUGGAUGGCGCAGGCAGCGUUCGGCUCGGUCAGCCGGACAAGCGGCGUAGCUGGCUGGGACUGGCGACGCCUACAGUGGGCGAUGGAGAAGAAGUUGAGAUGCUCCAGACGGCGCGCAAGCGAGGCAGGUGUUGUUAA